AUGGGAGGGCUACUGUUAUUGCUCAUGCUGAGCACGGUGAUGGCCCUGGCGUCCUUUUUCGCCGGCUCACUGCCCCUCGCUAUCUCCCUAACACAGUCGCAACUUCGAUUCAUAUCAAGCGUUGGUGUUGGUAUUCUGGUUGGGACGUCGAUGAUUGUGAUCAUACCCGAGGGCAUUGAAGCUGUUUCGACCACCGGGGGACACCACCAUGAUAAGAGAAGCAUAGCGACCGCGGUUGGCAGGCAACAUAGCUUGGAUGUACGCUGGACGACAGGCGACGACGUCCCGCGACUAGCGACGAUCGAUCCCACGAGACGGAGAGGGGAGUCUUCCUCGGUCGGGCACGUUGAUGUUGCUGGCAUGCGGUUGCGCGGUCGAGAGGAGCCUCCUGCGCCCGAACAUGGCCACGACGGAACUGCCCCGGUUCAUGCUCCGGGCGCCGAGCCAAAGCACAGCGAGGAGAAACAAGCCGAAGUGCCGACCUUCUACAUCGGCCUGUCCAUGAUCCUCGGUUUUGUGCUCAUGUUCCUCAUCGACAGAUUGCCUCGCCACGCCACAGACCGUAUGGGAAACGAACCGCAGAUGCGGCAUGUCAGCUUGGAUAACCUCGGGGGCGCAUCCAGCAGUGUUGAUGAUGAGUCGGAGGGAUUCUUGGGGGCUCUGGCACCCCCGCCGAAGCAAUCUCGAAGUCUUGCAACCACCAUCGGCCUAGUGAUCCAUGCAGCAGCCGAUGGUAUAGCAAUGGGAGCUUCGACGUCGACGUCGAACACGAAGCUGGGCCUGAUCAUUUUCGUCGCCAUUAUGGUUCACAAAGCGCCUGCGGCAUUUGGGUUGACUUCAGUCCUCCUUAAGCAGGGUCUGACCAAGCGUGCGGCGCGAGGUCACUUGAUCGUCUUCAGCCUUGCUGCUCCAUUCGGUGCCUUGAGCACGUGGGCAAUUAUACAGAUCCUAGGCGGCGGCAACCUCGACGGAGAGUCCGGCCAGUGGUGGACUGGUAUGCUUCUGCUAUUCUCGGCGGGGACCUUCCUCUUCGUUGCGAUGCACGCCAUGCAGGAAGACAGCAGCUCCCCCAAGCACGAGCACGGCGGAAUGAACGGAUACUCAGAAGGAAGCCAACGGGUGCAACACCGGCCGCAAAUGCGAGAUACCUUUGCAACCGUCGCCGGCAUGCUCUUACCUCUCCUUACUCAGUUUGGGCAUCACCACUAG